GUUAUUAUUGCGUCAUAAAGAAGCGCCGCUGCUGGUGUUUUGAUGUUGCUCCGCAUCAACGCAAACGGUUCUUGAUAACAUUUUGAUCGUUACACUGGUUGUCAAACAUGGGGAAGUCUUUUGCUAAUUUCAUGUGCAAAAAAGAUUAUCCUGCCUCAAAAUCCAACAUAAAGAAGGCAUGGAUCGCAGAGCAAAAGAUAACCUUCGAGAAGAAGAAGCAGGAGGAACUGAUGCAGGCUUACCUGAAGGAGCAGGACACGUACAACAACAGACUGCUGAUGGGAGAUGAUCGUGUGAAGAAUGGCCUUAAUUUCAUGUAUGAAGCACCUCCAGGAGCAUCUAAAGAGGAGACUAAAGAGGAAGGAGAAUCGGAGUACAAGUUUGAGUGGCAGAAAGGAGCUCCUCGUGAAAAGUAUGCAAAGGAUGACAUGAAUAUUCGAGAUCAGCCUUUUGGCAUUCAGGUGCGGAAUGUGCGGUGCAUUAAGUGUCAUAAAUGGGGUCACGUGAACACGGAUCGUUAGUGUCCUCUCUUUGGCCUGUCAGGGAUCAACGCCAGCUCUAUGGCCAUUGAUGAAGCAGGUCCGUCAAUGCACCCCUCUGAGUUAAUGGCAGAGAUGCGAAACAGUGGGUUUGCGCUGAAGAAAUGUGUCCUUGGGAGGGACAGCACCAUGAGUGAUCCAGCACAGGAGCUUGUGGCCAGUGAGGAAGAGGACGACCCUGAGGUGCAGUUCCUGAAGUCUCUGACUACCAAACAAAAGCAGAAACUGCUUAGAAAACUUGACUGUCUUGAAAAGAAGAAGAAGAAGAAGAAGAGUAAAAAGAAGAUCAAGAAGAAGCAGAAAAAGAAACAAGCUAAGAGUGAGAGUUCAUCCAGCAGCUCAUCGGACAGCAGCAGCGGCGGCUCUGAGGAUGAGAAACACUCCGGAAAGAAAGCCAAGAAGAAGAGCAAGAGAAGGAGGGACUCGUCCUGUGACAGCAGCUCUGAGAGAGAGCGGGAGAAAGACUCCAGACACACACAUUCACAACACACUGAGCAACAAGACAACAAGCACAGCAGAGAGAGAGGCAGGAGCAGGAGUAGGGAGAGAAGGAGCCCUCGGCGACGGAGAGAUGAGAGAGAGAGAGGUAAGGAGAGAUACAGGAGCACGAGACCAGGGCAAGAGGGAAAGAGAAAGAAACUGAUAGAAAUAACAGGAGGAGGAGUGUCAGUCAGGAACGAGGGAGGGGCAGAGAAAAAGGCAGCAGAAGUGAUAGCAGAGAUGCAGAGAGGAGGAGGAAAUAGCUGGUAGUGGACACCAUCAUUACUUCACUGUCUCAUCUCAGAUUAAAGGAAUCAUUCAAAAGAAACUUCUUACAGAAUUAAUCACGCUCAUGUCGUUCCAGACCCUAAGCACUGUGAGUUGCUUUUUUAAAGCUCCAAAAUGACACACUAGCACCUUAAAAUCAGUCUUUGUGGUUCUUGUCUUAUAUUCCACAUCUUACAGUAACUUCUGUGUGACAAACAAACCAAAAUUCAAUUCAUUAUUCAUGUAAAUUCAUAGAGGUCUCAAGUGCUGUUGUACAGGAAAAAGGAGGUGUUUAAAUGUAUAUAUUUUUAUUUUGUUUUAUUUUUUGGGGGGUAAAUUAUUUGUUUGGGUGGCUUCCCCACUUACAGGCAGCUCUGGGGUUUCUCCAGAAGAGGGCGCUCUGAGAAUGUAAAAACUCAAGCUGUACUAGAGCAGAAUUAAAAUGAGCUUUGCCUCAAUCUUUCAGUUUUUCCAGUGCGUUUGCUGUAGUUCUAGUUCAACACAUGUUCUCUGUUCUUUCAGCAUUUGGCCCUUCCCAAAUGUAACGUUUGUUUGUCUCUGAGUCUUUUUACAAGAGGGUACAUGUGUCAUUCAUAAUAACUUGAAUGAUUUAUUUUGCACUCUGGUCAUAUAAGUUCAUGUUUUUUUUAUAGCUCAUUUCUUACCUUAAAUCCGUUCAUGCAACUUGUUAAUUAAAAAAUGUGUGAAU